AUGAUUCUAUCAAAGUGGGCGCCAUUGGAAGAGAAAAAGGAGGACGAGGAAGAGGUUAAGAUUGUACCUAUGUGGGUUACAAUGAAGAAUGUACCGUCUACUAUGUUUUCAUGGAAGGGACUAGGUUUCAUUGCUAGCUCAGUUGGGAAACCUGUGAGGCUGCAUCCCGAGACGGAGCUUUGUUCGAAUUUCGACGAGGCUAAGGUCUUUGUAAAUGCAAACAUGACAAAGCCACUUCCUAAUGCGUACCGUUUUCGAUCGAAGUCUGGUAUAAAUGCGAACAUUGAAUUCACUUACCCAUGGGUACCUACGAAAUGCUCUCUUUGUGCUAAAUGGGGUCACAAUGAGAAGGAAUGUUUGAAAAAGAAAGAAGAAGUAAGGGAGAAGGAUGUGGGGAAUGGAAAAGAGAAUGUUGUCCCUACACAAAGUGCUAAUAUGGAAGAGACAAUGUCAGUGCCAGAAAAGUCAACGAAAGGAAAAGAUACUGAAGAGUUUGACGCGACUGUGGAAGUAUCUGUAACUGAUUCUUCAGAUCUUGUGGGUGAUGACGCAGUUGAGCAGCCCAGUGAAGUUGAAGAGAUCAGAGAGGAAAUAGGGGAAGCUGCUGAAAGCGGAGCAGAAGUAAGGGAGAACUGGUUAAAUGUCUCUCCGGGGAAAGUAGGAAGAUCAGCUGAAAAGAAGCAGGAUUUGGAAACAGUUAUCUCUCCGUCCAGAUUUCAACUACUAGCUGACGCAGAGGAAGAGGAAGACCAUAUCACCACUCAUGAGCCUGAGGGUGAUCCAAUCAGAGUUUGCACCAAGGACGAUAUCGAAGAAGGUGAGAUUUUGAUUUCUGAUGGUGGAAAAACAGAGCAUACAAGUCGGGAGGGAAAGGUUGGAAAACCGAUCCGAUCAGCGAGGGUUGAGAAACGAGUAAACUCUCAGACUGCUGCUACCACAAAGGACUCCAAACCUAGUGGUACCAGCAAAAAACGUUUCUCCAAAAAACAUUAA